CGUGCAUCACACGCACGCGCAAACACAUUGACAUGGUUGUGAGACAGGCACAGAUGAGUUAGAUUUGUUUGUUAGAUAUUGCUGUGUUCAUCUGUGUGACGCUUUUAAAAGUGAUGUUUAUUCUUUAUACUUAAGCAAAGAGGCAAAACUACUACAGUAAAAACUGCUUUUUCUUAGCUUUACAUCACGUCUGUGGGAAGACAAGUUGACGUCGAGUUUAAAAUACCUGGAUCCACGCAUGGCAUGGCGUCUUGUGAGUGGACCAACGAUGAAAGAUGCAAACAUUUUUACUAUAAAUGUCAGAUUUCUGACCCAUGCGACGGAUUUAUUAUAAUUUAGGUGACUUGAGAAUACUCGCGUGCCUUCCUUCAUUUAUGUUGGCAAAGAGAAAUUACUUCAUUUAAGAGACGCAACGAAUCCCUGAGUCGAAGAACGCCUUAUAAAGAUGUAUCGUGCUUUUUGGGACACAAUAUUCAUUCUCACAGGCUCUCUUUUUACGUUUGGCCAGGUGCAAGAGAAUUCUACCUCAACCUCGACUAUUGCAACCACCACAACGACCACCACCACCAUCAGGACCACAACGACCACCUCCAGCACAACGACUACAUCUACCACUACACGCGUCAGAAAGUUUAUAGCAGCUGCAGUUCACUCUCACUUCGAUGACUGUCCGGACUCCCACAGCCAGUUCUGUUUCCACGGCACGUGCCGCUUUCUCAUCCUGGAGGAAGCGCCUGCGUGUGUGUGUCACCCUGGCUUCGUGGGUAUGCGGUGUGAACAUGCAGACCUCUUGGCAGUGGUAGCGUCCAACCACAGACAGCAGACUGUGGCCACCAUGCUGGUGAUGUGCGUGGUGGGCAGCGUACUGCUCAUGCUGCUCUGCACUUUACUAAAUUGUUGGUGGAGACGCGGAGGUUGCCGGCGAGCUAACACCAUCAUGUGUUGGACGGAGAAGCCUAGGAGUAUUCUGACGAGUGGGACCUCCUGCUGUCACUCAGAAACAGUGGUUUGACAUGCGUUUUCUGGAGCCCACACGUUUGCUCAAAAUGCUUCCUGAGAAAUGUUUCCUCAAUAUCUUCUACUCUAAACCUGGACCAAACCGUGGCUGCUUUAUUCAAGCUACAGAAUCUCUAAGCUGGUACGCGCAACAAAUACUGAGAGCAUUUCGAUGUGGCCAAUGGGAGAAUGCAAACCAAAAGUGGAACUCUUGCAUAAAGACAGACUGAGUCUUUCCAAAAGGGUUUUUGGAACCACAACUGCAAAAACUAAACAACGAUGGAACUCAAAAUCUGAGAACACUGGCUGAAGAACUCAGAUAGACUUAACUUGAAACUCAAUGACAUGUUUGUAAGUUUUUACUGCUAAUAGAAGACUGACCACAGAGUUAAGAUGCAGGAUAUAGUGAGGUAGAGACAGGGCCAUUAAAAAAAUCCACGGAACAGCUGGUUUGGAAAAAACUUUAAGCAAAGUUUUAUUGAAAAUAUCAUUACUAAUAGAGUUCAAGAUAAAGAUAAAUCCUUCUAGAUGUUUAAGAUCCCUCAAAAUUCUCCCAUUUUUGUCUUUUAAAAUACCAUAAUUGUACAGUAUAUAAAAACACUAUUUUGUAACAUGGCGUAACGGGAUGUAAAACACACUACAGACAAGUUUAAGAUACAGUUUUUAAUAUCACAUUUUAUCACAUGUCUUUGUUUAAGAAUGGGAGAUGAUUCCAAGACCUUUUGUUAACCUUUUUGUCUUGGAAAAUGUGUUUAAUUUCAUUUGAGUAUUUUGGCCAGUCUGGCAGCAUGUAUUAGACCUAUUGUAGCCUUUGCCAAUUUCUUUUAACUUGAUCUCUUUAUCAUAAUGGUAAAGAACCAGAGAUUAACAGCAAGCGUGAGAGACAAAAGCUGGCGUUGGAGGGCAAAUAAUAUGAAAACAUUUUACCAUAAAGAAAAUCAGUUUUUAUGCUUUUAUCAAAGCUAUUGAAAUGCAUGCUGUUAUUUAACAAACGAACACAUCUACGACAUGUAACUUGAAAAGUUAUGCAUAUAUUCACAAAUAUAACACAAUAUCUUCAUGCACAAAUAGUGUGUUUGUUUGCAUAAUAUGGAGUGUGUUGUAAGGUAUGUGUCAACGUGGUAAGGAUUGUAAACCGAGACUCUGUAUGUGCACUGAAUUUAGCACUGGUUUGACAUCAAGAUUACAAUAUAAUCUGGAUAUUCACUUUGGGGAGAUUGGGUGCAUGUAUGAUCACAUAAAUUCACAUUUUCCCACUGUGGACAGUUUUUGAAUGCACACUUAAACUAAUCUUGGAUUGACACUAUUUUGGAAUGCUUUACCACCAUGAUGGUUGUCAUUGCAAUGAUCACUAUGAUCAAAAUGACACCAUGCGCAUUUACUUUUUACACAGCAAUUGUGGCACACAUGCACAUACAGAGCCUCAUAUGUUAUGGUAACUAAACAGGCAGUUUUAAUGGUAGUUAUAUGAGAUUGAUACAUUACCCUUAUCAACAUACAUCAUUAUAUGCAAGAUGGAAGCUUUUACACACAAAUAUUUUAAACCAUUUGUUAAUUUUGUUCUUCUGUCCACAAGCUUUUGUCAAUAAUCUCAUGUUUGACCCCUCUGGAAGGUAUUUCCCAGGGGGGCGAUAUGUUUGUAAAGCUUUACUAUACUAUGUUUAACAACUACAAAGUUGUCCAAAUACAAAAUUUGCCACUGUGUUCGCUAUCAAUCAACCGUCUUUCAGGCGAAUGAUUGUCCAACAGUGAAAACGUAAGUAAUAUUUUGGCCUGUUUGGAGUUGGCCAUGUUCAUGUCAUGUUUAGAUGCUAUCCAGUGAUGAAGUUUUGUAAGAAUGACCCUUGAGUUCAGCCUAAGCUUUGGUUGAAAUUUAUGUUUCAAUGUUUAUUUAUUUAUAAUUUGGCUGAUCCUAGAAUGCCACUCAAUAUUAAUUAACCAUUUGAUUUAUAUAAACUAAGAUGGAUUGAUCUAAUGAUAAUAAAUAAAAAAUAAUAAAAAAGAGAGAAAAGGUGUUAAAGUACUGAAGAUAAAAUGUAAUUUAUUAUAAUCAAAUCACUAACUUUAUUUUGGUUGGUCUGUAAAAAAAGACUUUUUGUUUUGUUGUAUCAUACAGUCAUUGCAUAAUUUCCAGAGAAGGAAUUUCAGUAAUUCGUGAUGACACCAAAGAUGAUGUUCCGUGUUUUAUCUCUUUCUUUGUUUCAACUGAAUCCCAAUUAUACUUGCCCUGGUUUACUGUUUAACAUAACAUCUAUACAGUUUAUAUAAUUCAUUGUCAGCAAAUCUUUGUUUAAAUGCUGUUGUUUAAUUUAUCAAAGCUUUGUAAAUAGUGUGGGAAUAUUGUUUUGAUUGUAUAUGGAGGAGUUUUUUCUACGGACUCAGGCAUGCAGAUUGCAGGUAUUGCAAUUGUGAAGGGUGGGUGAUUUCAGUAUGACUGAGUCUGUUCAAUCUUUAAGUUUGCAUAAUUUUCCAAAUAACACAAAGUGCUGCAGAUUUUUGAGUUGUCAUG